AUGCAAAACAAUAACUUCAACGACCAAUUCAACCUCAUCGAUGCACCUGGUGUGCAAGAGUACCCGUAUGGAGUGUGGCCUAGCCCCCUUCCAGGACGAGUUGCCCCCAUGGCCUCGCAAAUGCAAAUGCCGCCACAACAAGCUGUGGCCAGCAUGGAUCCAAUCGAAAGCGGGAGUAGGAAGAGGAGGGCAGAUGAAUCCAUGAAUGAGGAAGACCAACCGCCUCGCCAACUUUGCCGACAACGAUCCGCAUUGGAGGAUCUGUCCCAAAAUCCACAACGGCCUGCAUCAGCGUUCUGCCACGGUCCUCUUCCUGUCGCUGGGUCGGAGUAUUUUAUACCGCUCUUUCCUCAACACCAACGCCACCAGUAUCACCAACACCACCAGUAUCACCAACACCACCAGUAUCACCAACACCAACACCAGCACCAGCAACAACUACAGGUGGAUCAUGGUGUCUCCACCGUUGUGCCGUAUCCCCCUUGGCCCGUGCCAGAAGUGGUGACAAACUUGCAACAACGGAUAUCUGCUUACGAGGAUGCCCGGGCGCGCAUUGCGUCUGCAGAACGGCUUGCCCAGGCAGCUCGAGCCGUUGGUCGCCGUCUAAUGACGGAUACUUGUCCGCCGACAGAGAACGCUCUUCCGCUCCGAAAAACGAUACCCAGCGUAGGCCUGGUGAAUCCCACACCAGUUUCCCGGAACAGGAAGGCAUGCCCUCCUGACGUUCCCGCACCCCAAUCCUCUUCGUUUGUCGAGUUCCGCGUGAACGUUGGUGGCGCAACCAACUUCGAUAUCUCCACGCCAGCUACUGAAGCGGAAAAAUGCCGGGCGAAGGCUCAGAAGGAGGCGCAGAAGGAGGCUCAAAAGGAGGCCAAGAAGAAAGCUCAGAAGAAGGCCAAGAAGAAGGCGUCCUUGCAAAAUAUCAGAACACGGACUGACAAGAUUCGCAGCUCUCCAGUCGUUAGAGAGGUUGCGGAGGAGACCCAGCGCCUUGUUCCUGGGGUGGUUGUUAAGAGAAGCCGCAACAGGACUGACAGCCCACCUCCCACUGAACCCUAUCGUCCAUCGGAGAAGGCACUUGGAAAGCGCAAGGCUGUGGAGAUUCUUGCAGAAGUGGACGGUGUCGAAUUUCUCGACGGCGACUUGCCCGACGACGCUGAGGAGUCUACGGAAUGCCAGCCUGUCUUCAAAGCCGACGAACAGUGUGCAAAGGAGACGCCCUCCUCGAAGCCAUACCCGGAGUGCAACUGCACAGGCGUCGAGCACGAGGUCAGUUGCAUUUUGGAUACGGUCUUUGCCUCGCUAUCGGAUCCUCCGACCACGACGAGUACAGAUGCAGUUGAAGCGGGGAGCACAGUCGGAGUUGUGGAUUUUCCGGAAUUGAAUUACCUAGCGGAGGGUCAGGACGAACCACUCGACUCAUCAGCGCACCUAGAGGGAUUUUCGUUUGCAGAGGACCCAUUCGGGUUUGAACUUUGGCCUCUGUCCUGA